AUGGCUGGAGAAAUGCACAUCCUGACCACAUUAGACCAUCUGCCCUGGAACUCCACCUCUGCGGAGCAAGGGGCCAGAAAUGGGUCCCAAUCCAACUUUUGGUACAAUACAAACAAGACUCAGCUCUUGGGUGUUUUGCUGGCAAUCACUGGAAAUUUUCUGAUUAGUAUCUCUUUGAAUAUCCAGAAAUAUGCUCAUCUCCGACUGGCAUGCCAAGCAAAUCAAAAGCCCUAUUACACAAGCAAGCUGUGGUGGUGUGGAAUUAUCCUCAUGGGGCUUGGAGAGCUGGGAAACGCUGCAGCUUAUGGAUUUGCUCCAGCCACCCUUAUAGCUCCAUUAGGAUGUGUAUCCGUCAUAGGUAGUGCGUUUAUUUCUGUCUUAUUCCUAAAAGAAACCAUGAGGGCUGCUGAUAUGUUAGGUGGAACCCUGACAAUUGCAGGAACAUAUUUGUUGGUGACAUUCGCUCCAAAUGUAACCCAGGAGCUCACGGCAACUAAAAUACAGAAUUAUUUAAUUAGCUGGCAGUUUCUGAUCUAUGUGAUCUUAGAAAUAAUAAUAUUCUGCAUUCUUCUGUAUUUCUACAAAAGAAAGGAUGUGAAGCACAUCGUGGUUUUGUUAAUGAUGGUAGCACUACUAGCAUCAUUGACCAUCAUUUCAGUAAAGGCUGUGGCAGGCAUGAUAACAUUCUCUGCAAAGGGCAAAAUGCAGCUAACAUACCCCAUUUUCUAUAUCAUGUUCAUUAUAAUGGUGACAUCUUGUGUUUUCCAAGUCAAGUUCUUAAAUCAAGCUAUGCAGCUCUACAAUGCAACAGUCGUUGUGCCGAUUAACUUUGUGUUCUUCACAACCAGCGCCAUCAUUGCAGGGGUCAUAUUUUAUCAGGAAUUCCAAGGUGCAGCUUUGCUGAGUGUGUUCAUGUUUCUAUUCGGGUGUCUUCUGUCAUUUCUUGGCGUGUUUGUAAUCACACGAAAUCGAGAAGAGGAGCAUUUGCAAGUUCCUUAUAUUGAUUGUGGACACAUUCCUGGAAAAAAAGAGAUUGACAAAAUACAGCCGGAUUCAAACAGCUUAUCCUACGGCACUUUGCAUGAUGAAGAUGACUGGAUGAGUGCUCAGAGCUAAGAGCAGCUUCAAUUCCAGUUAACAAGAGGAACUCUCUAUUCAUUGACAUCAUAUUCAUCACCCCAUGUUGAUUGCAUAUAUUCAGUGUGUGUGUCAUGUUGUUUUAUGUUGAGAACCCUUAGUGUUAUUUAAGUAUCCUUAAGUAUCCCCUGCCUAUCACAAAUGUGUUACGAUGAGCAAGGAGGGCUAUUAAGCUAGUAACCAUUAAAUGGAGCUGGACAUUUUCCUGGUAAAAUACCUCUUACCGGUGGUUUAGGGUCAGGUUUUUAAAGGUAUUUAGAUGUCUAAAGAUGCAACUAGCCACAUAGUGGGAUUUUCAAAAGCACCCAUUUCACCUGCCUGCAU